AUAAAAUUUCAAGAUUCAAGUUACUUAGCCGCCUUAUGAAGUCGGAACGUGUGUGUGUUUAAAUAUUAAUUUGAGUCGUUAUUUCAUAUUUGUGCUGAUAUUUUUUAUCAAUACGGAUAUUUUUCGUUCUUUGGAACAAUGCCUGAAAAUAAAAAUCUUGUUCAAUGUUACAACAGGGGCUGUGGUCAACUUUUUGAUCCAAAUAGCAAUGACAAAGAGGAAUGCUGUCAUCACCCUGGUGCACCUGUAUUUCAUGAUGCCUACAAGGGGUGGUCGUGCUGUAACAAGAAAAGUGUCGAUUUUACAGAGUUUCUUAACAUAAAAGGAUGCACAUAUUCUUUACAUUCAAAUACGAAACCACCAGAACCAGAAAAGAAGGUUUUAGAUAAAGAGUUGGAAAAAAAGGAAGUUAUAGAAGUAAGAGCACCAAUUGUUGGGCCUCAGCUGCCAAGGCCUCCAUUUGAGACACCAGUGGUGACUUUGGUAGCAAAAGUUGCAGAUUCUUUAAAACAAACUGUUCUCAAGACAUCACAGCAAGCUUCUACAACUGAUGAUGGUAUUGUUGCAAUUGGGACAACCUGCAAAAAUGGUGGAUGUAACACAUCUUAUGAGGGACCUCAGACCAAUAACAAUAUAUGUAUGUACCAUCCCGGUUGUCCCAUUUUCCAUGAAGGUCUCAAAUUCUGGUCAUGUUGCCAAAAGAGAACUACUGACUUCAACACUUUCUUAAGUCAACCUGGCUGUACAACUGGCACUCACAAAUGGUUUAAAGAGACAACAGCAGCAGGGACAAUAAAAUGUCGCUGGGACUGGCAUCAAACCCCCGAUUAUGUUAUAGUCAGUGUAUAUGCUAAGAAGUAUGAUCCAACUGCUAGUUAUGUUAAAGUGAAUCCAAUUCGGCUUAAUGUCAAGUUGUUCUUUUGUGAAGAGGGAAAUGCUGCAUUUGAACUAGAUUUGGAAUUAAGAGGCGUAAUAGAUGUAGAUAAGAGUACUGCUUCAAUGUUGGGAACUAAAGUUGAAAUAAAAUUGAAGAAAGCCGAGCCUGGUGCUUGGAGCAAACUAGAUUUUCCAAGAAGUACACCAAAAUUGGAAAAAAUAGAAACUCCAAAGCCUGAAGUUGAUGAGGAUGAUUCCGUAGAUCUGUCUACAGUUGAAGCUAUCCAUUCAAUGAGCAAAGUAAAUGUAGUUGGCUGAUAUUUAGCAAAAACUUAUUAUUUAUGUUCUAGAUUAUUUUUUAUACCAACAAUGUUUUCAUGACAGUCUCGGAUGAUUUAAAUUGUGCUAUUUACUAUUGGCUUCUUUGAAAAUAAAAAUGACUAUACAUUU